UGUAAGAAGUAAGAACCCAUCCCUCACUGCUAAUAAAGCCUUCCGCUCCGCUCCGCUCUCCCCUCUCCAAAGACUCUCCCAUGGCUGCUACCAAUGAUUCCGAACAAAAGGAACUCAUUUCAAAAUUGUACAAAGCUUUGAGGAAAAAAGACAACGAGCAUGUGGCUGAAGUCUGCCAUGAACUUCCAGAAGGCCCGUUGCAGAGAAUCAGUAUUUACAACGACACAGUCCUCCACAUGGCCACUCACUCCAAACAAAAAGAUCUGGUACUCAAAUUACUAAACAUGUUGCCUGCAGACCGUCAACUUUCCGAUAUUAAAAACAACGACGGCAACACUAUACUCCACGAAGUAGCCACCAGCGAUGCCAUGAAAGAUGUGGCGGAGGAGCUGUUGACGAGAGAUUCUGACUUGCUAAUUGCGUCCAAUGACUCAGGAGAGACGCCUAUAUUUUGUGCAGCCCGCUAUGGCCAAACUGAAAUGUUUAAGUUUCUGGCUGGGAAAAUGGGGCUAACGAAAGAAGGUCCAGAAGAUUAUAAACCCUAUUUGCGGAGAAAAGAUGGAACAACAGUUCUCCAUCUUUCCAUCGCCACUGAGUGUUUUGAUUUAGCGUCAUUAAUUGCCGAGAACUAUCCAUACUUAAUUAAAGAAAGGGAUCAAUCCUCAAUGACCGCUUUUCAAUAUCUUGCAUGCAAUCCAACUGCAUUUCGAAAGAGGAAAAUACAAAGACGAGGGUUCAUGGAGCAACUCAACAAAUCAAAAACUCGAAUGAAACAAAGCUCUAUACUACAAGAAUUUGUAAAAUUUUCCAUGGAAAUUCUCACGGAAUUAUAUGAGGAAACCUUCAAAAGAGAUGUGAUGAAAAAUAAAAGAUUGACACUUACAGCACUCGUCAAGAAUUUAGCAAAGCACGACACUUCAUGGGAUGCUAAUAUUAAUUCUAAAGCAGUGGGUCAAGAUGAGAGUAAGGAGUAUGAAAUAGAAGAACACUUCUCUAAAUUGUUCCAAAAAAAGGAAGGACAAAACUCCCAAGAAAGUUUAACUAACAAGGACAAGAAGAGCGAUGAAACUCCAUUAUUUUUGGCAACAAUGUCAAACAUUGAAGAAAUUGUCGACAAAAUACUCUACUUCCAUCCUCAGACAUUUACACAUACAAAUAAGGAGGGAAUGAAUAUAUUACAUGUGGCAAUCCUUUAUCGUCAUAUUGAUAUUUUUGAUAUGGUGGUAAAGUCUGAAGUACUUGCAAGAAGGUUAUUAUCAGCUACGGAUAACAAAGGAAACUCUGUACUACACAUGGUCAGCCAAAAAAGAAAAAGUCAAGCUAGUGAAAAGAUGCAAAGCCCUGCACUCCAACUACAAGAUGAGUUGCUUUUGUUUGAGAAAGUGAAGUCGGCCUGUAAGAUGCAUUUGACCAAGCCUCUCAACAAAGAUCACCAGACUGCUGAAGAAUUAUUUGCUGCUUCUAAUGAAAAUCUCCAUAAAGACGCCAAGGAAUGGCUAAUGGCCACUACUGAGAAUUGCACCAUUCUUUCUGUUUUCAUAGCCACUGUUGCCUUCGCAGCAGCCUACACGGUACCAGGAGGUCCUAAUCAAGAUACCGGCAUUCCAAUCCUUCACUCUAAACCCUUCUUUAUGGUUUUCGUUUUAGCUGAUGUGAUCUCCCUCGCUUUGGCUUUGACAUCUGUGGGUAUGUUUUUCUCCAUCCUUACAUCCUCAUUUCCUUUAGAAGACUUCAAGAUAUAUCUGUUUAGAAAGCUGAGACAGGGAAUUAUAUGUCUGGUCCUCUCGGUCUCAAUGAUGGCAGUGGCGUUUGGAGCAACAAUCGUCCUGAUAAUGACACAUAGUCCAAAAAAUGUUGUUUGGGAUGUGGUUGCAUUCCUUCCUGUCCCCAUUUUUUUUCUUUCAUAUUCACCUCUACGUUCAGCAGUGCUGGUACCUUGCAGUGAAUGGUUCAAAAGUUUUGUUGCAAGCUUCCUCAUAGUUGUUGCCAUUCUGUUUGUAUUAUUCCUCCUUGUCGUCUUUUACCUCUCUUUCCUUCCGUUUGCCCUCGCUUUCUUUUCGUUUGCCAUGGUGAUUGUAACAUUCAUCGUUCUCCUACUUCUCCCCAUUUUUCUUCUCUAUGGAGCUUUCGUAGGACUGCGCUGGACAGUGAGAAAGGCUCCUGAGUUUUUAUGUAAACCUGCUCAUUGGAUAUCUGGGAAUAAAUCCCAGCCCAAAUCCGAUACCCAAUCUCCUCAGCCAACUACUUCUGCGCCUCUUACCGAUCAAGUUUGAAAAAAGAAACAGAAUCUCGCUUCAGAACUCUUUUCGGAGCACAUGCAUGGAUGAAUGAUUACUUAUCACUGGAAUUGUCCUCUACCUUAUAUAUAUUGUUUAU